GCCGGAGCGCGAUUGGUGGCGGCGCUUGUCGCUCGGAGGGGGCCGGGCGCUCCGCUCCGCGGCUCUCAACGCCGCCGCCGCUGCCUUCCCUCUAGCAGUGCGGGCCGGUGGGACCGCCGAGGCACCCGGAGGCUGGCGAUGGGAAGCGGCGCGGCCGCGGACCCAGGCUGUGGCAAAGUUUCCCAGGCGCGCGUACUGGGGCUCGCAGCUGCCUGCCACCCGUAACCGCUCGGAGAAGGGUUCGGAGAUUUUUAAUUUGGGAAAAAUCCACCUCAUUUCCUUUGUCAGGCUUUCUCUCCGGGCGGCCGACGGCGGGAGCGCCAAACUUGGGCUCCGCGGCUCCGCAGCCAGCAGACUGCGCUUUGGGGAAUCUCGGGACUCGGGUGCUCGGGUGCCCCGCCGCCCGGGGCGGGCCAGGGGGUGUGAGCGCGGGGCAAUCCAGGGCGCGCACCGCGAGGAGGGGCCCGGAGCUCUAUAUGGAGGAGGGAGCCCAGAAUGGUGUGCACCAGGAAGACCAAAACUUUGGUGUCCACUUGCGUGAUCCUGAGCGGCAUGACCAACAUCAUAUGUCUGCUCUACGUGGGCUGGGUCACCAACUACAUCGCCAGCGUGUAUGUUCGGGGGCAGGAGCCGGCGCCCGACAAGAAGCUGGAGGAAGACAAAGGGGACACCCUGAAGAUUAUUGAACGGCUGGACCACCUGGAGAAUGUCAUCAAGCAGCACAUCCAAGAGGCUCCCGCUAAGCCUGAGGAGGCGGAGGCUGAGCCCUUCACAGACUCCUCUCUGUUUGCACACUGGGGCCAGGAGCUCAGCCCCGAAGGCCGGCGCAUGGCCCUGAAGCAGUUCCAGUACUACGGCUACAACGCCUAUCUCAGUGACCGCCUGCCCCUCGACCGGCCCCUGCCUGACCUCAGACCCAGUGGGUGCCGCAACCUCUCAUUCCCUGCCAGCCUGCCCGAGGUCAGCAUCGUGUUCAUCUUUGUCAAUGAAGCCCUCUCGGUGCUUCUGCGCUCCAUCCACUCGGCCAUGGAACGCACGCCUUCGCACCUGCUCAAGGAGAUCAUCCUGGUGGACGACAACAGCAGCAACGAGGAGCUGAAGGAGAAGCUGACAGAGUAUGUGGACAAGGUGAAUGGCCAGAAGCCAGGCUUCAUCAAAGUCGUGCGCCACAGCAAGCAGGAGGGCCUCAUCCGCUCCCGGGUCAGCGGCUGGAGGGCAGCCACUGCCCCUGUAGUGGCACUCUUCGAUGCCCAUGUGGAGUUCAAUGUGGGCUGGGCUGAACCCGUACUCACCCGCAUAAAGGAGAACCGGAAGCGGAUCAUCUCACCAUCGUUUGACAACAUCAAAUAUGACAACUUUGAGAUAGAAGAGUACCCGCUGGCCGCCCAGGGCUUUGACUGGGAGCUGUGGUGCCGCUACCUAAACCCCCCCAAGGCCUGGUGGAAGCUGGAGAACUCCACGGCCCCGAUCAGGAGCCCAGCCCUCAUUGGAUGCUUCAUUGUGGACCGCCAGUACUUCCAGGAGAUUGGCUUACUGGAUGAAGGCAUGGAAGUCUAUGGAGGCGAGAACGUCGAGCUCGGGAUCAGGGUGUGGCAGUGUGGUGGGAGCGUGGAGGUCCUGCCCUGCUCUCGGAUUGCCCACAUUGAGCGAGCCCACAAGCCCUACACUGAGGACCUCACUGCCCACGUUCGCAGAAACGCCCUCAGGGUGGCCGAAGUCUGGAUGGAUGAAUUUAAAAGCCAUGUGUACAUGGCAUGGAACAUACCCCAAGAGGACUCAGGAAUCGACAUCGGGGACAUUACUGCAAGGAAGGCUCUGAGGAAGCAGCUGCAGUGCAAGACCUUCCGGUGGUACCUGGUCAGCGUGUACCCAGAGAUGAGGAUGUACUCAGACAUCAUCGCCUACGGGGUGCUACAGAACUCUCUGAAGACCGAUUUGUGUCUCGAUCAGGGUCCAGACACAGAGAACGUUCCCAUCGUGUAUAUCUGCCACGGAAUGACGCCCCAGAACGUGUACUACACGAGCAGUCAGCAGAUCCAUGUGGGCGUCCUGAGUCCCACAGUUGACGACGAUGACAACCGGUGCCUUGUGGACGUCAACAGCCGGCCGCGGCUCAUCGAGUGCAGUUACGCCAAAGCCAAGAGGAUGAAGCUUCACUGGCAGUUCUCUCAGAGAGCCAGUGUGUCCGGUUUUGAUGCUGCAUCGUAUUCCUUUAUGGAGGCCCCAUCCAGAACCUCAAGUCCAAGCGCUGCCUGGAGCUGCAGGAGAACAGUGACUUGGAGUUCGGCUUCCAGCUGGUGCUGCAGAAGUGUUCAGGCCAACGCUGGAGCAUCACCAACGUCCUGAGGAGCCUGGUGUCCUGACCCGCCAGGACCCGCCCCGCCCGCCCUUUUGCUACUGUGUAGCACCUGCUGCAAGUUGCCUGCUGUCCGCGUGGGUGGUUGGAAGUCCUGGAGCCAGGUUGGUGGGCCCCCCUUAAAGAGCUUUCUAUUUCCUAUUCAAUUUUCAAGCAGUUUCUAGGAAGAUGCUGAAUGGUGGGUGAAGGUAGUGAAUACCAUAAACUAUUUUGCAACUGUAAAUAGGGGACAAAUGGAAAAUAUUUAUAACUGUCAAUAAAAUACUAUUAUUAAGAAAA